GAAUUGAGUUAUGGUGGUGGCCAUAUCUAAGGAUUGAAAGGAGAAAUUUCCUGGUUAUUUCCUACUUUUCACCCUUCCCUUUCACGCCCUUCAACCGUCUUAAUCAUUCCCAAAUACUUUCCAUGGAGUCUUAGAAAGAUCUCUCCAAUGGAAUUGAGCAGUAGAUGAAAUGGCGACUUCAAGAUUUGCAAUUCUCUCAGUACUUUCGGCUCUUGUGCUCCAUUUUUCGUUGACUAUGUCAGAUCCAGUCCAUGACAGCUUCCUCCAAUGCCUUUCACACCUCUCAGCGCCCUCCCCACCAAUCUCAGGUGUUUUCUACACCCCCACUAAUUCUUCAUACGCAUAUGUCUUGCAGUCAUACAUACAGAACCUCAGGUUCAUGUCAUCCACAACCCCAAAACCAUCGUUUAUUGUAGCCUCUUCUCAUGUGUCUCAUGUCCAAGCCACGAUUAUUUGCUGCAAGAUCCAUGGUUUGCAGCUUAGAAUUCGGAGCGGAGGUCAUGAUUAUGAUGGCCUCUCAUAUGUGUCUGAUGUUCCCUUUGUUAUUCUAGAUAUGUUCAAUCUUAGAGAAGUGAGUGUUGAUAUAGAGAAUGAGUGGGCAUGGGUGCAGUCUGGGGCGACAAUGGGUGAACUUUAUUAUAGAAUUGCAGAGAAGAGCAAUUUGUAUGGCUUCCCAGCUGGGGUUUGUCCCACUGUUGGAGUUGGAGGCCAUUUCAGUGGUGGGGGAUAUGGGAACAUGAUGAGGAAAUAUGGCCUAUCUGUUGAUAAUGUGCUUGAUGCACAGAUAGUUGAUGCAAAUGGGAGAAUUCUAGAUAGGGAGUCCAUGGGAGAAGAUCUCUUCUGGGCCAUUAGAGGAGGAGGUGGAGCUAGCUUUGGAGUGAUUGUUGCCUGGAAAAUUAGGUUAGUUCCUGUUCCAGAAACUGUCACUGUUUUCAGAGUUGAAAGAACAUUGGAACAAGGUGCAAUUGACCUUCUUCAUCAAUGGCAAUAUGUAGCGGAUAAGAUAAAUGAAGAUCUCUUCAUUAGGGUUGUCAUACUGCCAGUUAAUAGGAAAGACCAUAAGACAAUAAAAGCUAAAUUUGUCUCCUUGUUUCUUGGAAAUUCUGAAAAGCUUCUUGCUCUUAUGAGUGAAAGCUUCCCUGAGUUGGGCAUAAAUGGCAACAACUGCAUUGAAAUGAGUUGGGUUGAAUCAAUUGUUUAUUGGUCCAAUUAUGUAAAGGGAACACCAAUCAGUGUAUUGCUCGAUCGAACACCCCCAUCACGAAAGUAUUUGAAGAAGAAAUCAGACUAUGUGCAGGCACCCAUAUCAAAGGCAGAUCUAAAAGGGAUAUUGAAUACCAUGAUGGACUUACAGAAACCAGCUUUGACAUUCAACCCUUAUGGUGGCAGAAUGAGCGAGAUUUCAGAGUCUGAGACUCCAUUUCCUCAUAGAGCAGGGAACAUCUACAAAAUUCAAUACUCGGUAACCUGGAAAGAAGAAAGCAUGGAGGCUGCAGAUCACAAUCUAAAUAUGAUAAGGAGGAUUUAUGACUACAUGACACCUUAUGUUUCAAAUUCACCAAGGGGUUCAUACCUGAACUACAGAGAUAUUGACUUAGGCGUCAAUCAAAAUGGUAAUGUAAGUUAUGAAGAAGCUAGUAUCUGGGGAACCAAGUAUUUCAAGGACAAUUUCGAUAGAUUGGUACAAGUGAAGAGCAGGGUUGAUCCAGACAAUUUCUUUAGGUAUGAACAAAGCAUUCCAUCUGUUACAAAUAGGAAUUAUGUAAUGGCAGAGUAGAGCCAUCAUGGUAGAAAAAGUUGUUAUUAGCUCCAGUCAGUAUGCAACUCUGCAUGAAUAAAUAUUUGAUUAUGGAACUAGAGAAGAAUCAGAAGGUUAGUCUGUAAAGUAUAUUUUUACUUGAUGUUUCUUUAAUUAAUUGGUUUUCUAUCAAUUUGUUGUGAA